AUGAGCCAAGGUCUGACUGUUGAUUUUGAUUAUAUCGCUAACAACAUUCAAACAUAUAUCGAACAAGAGAAUUUCUAUGAUAUUGUAGAUAAAGAUGACAUUCCAAAAGUAUUAGAAAAAGUCAAACUUAAUUCUCACGAUUUCAAUGCUCUUCUUUCUCAAGGUAAAUCAAAAUACAGUACACAUAAACUAUUUUGUUUUAUUCGGAAAUGCAAUGUUUUAAUUGAUUCAUUCGAAGACGCGAUUAACGUUCUUAAUUGCUACAAAAAGAACCUGAAACUCAAAUCUUGUCGUUCAUUAAUUGAUUACCUUAAGAAAUACAACGCAAAAAUUAAUUCAGAUUCAGAAGAAGUCACACAAUUAAAAUCUGAAAUUCAAAACCUCAAAUCAAAGAUCGCUACGAUGGAAAAUGAAAUCAACCAAUACAAAAACGAAGGAAAACAAUACAAAGACGAAAUAUCUAAUCUUAAUAACAAAUUUAAUCAAAUUCAAACAGAAAAUUCAAGAUACAAAGACGAAAUAUAUAAUCUUAAUAACAAAAACAGUCAAUUAAAUCAAUCUAUAAAUGAAUUUGCAAAAAUUUCUGAAUUGCGAAAUUCAAAUGAUUUUGAUUCAGUUUACAAUUUCCUUGAAGAACUUUCAGAUAAAGAUGAUAAACUGAAGAUGUCUAUUUCAUGUGCAGUUGGAUUAAGUGAAAAGAGAGAUUCUGAUCAAAAUACUCCACUUAUUAUGGCAUGUACUAAUGGAGAUCUUCAAUUAACAAAAUCUCUUAUUGAAGGAGGUUGUGAUAGAAAUGCAAUUAAUGAAUUCGGAAACAAUUGUUUAAUUGAAGCAUCAUUAAAAGGACGUCUUGAAAUUGUAAAAUAUUUAAUUGGAGUUGGUUUUGAUAAAAAUUGGCGAAAGGAAAAAUAUGGAUUUAAUCCAAUUCUUUGUGCAUCAUCAUACGGUCAUCUUGAAACAGUUAAAUAUUUGAUAAGUAUUGGUUGUGAUGCAAACUCUAAAUCAAAUGAUAAUGCAAAUUGUAUUUACAUUGCAUCAUGGAAUGGUCAUCUUGAAACAGUUAAAUAUCUUGUUUCAGUUGGAGGAAAUCCAGAUGAGAAAGAUAAUAAUGGAUUCUCUCCAUUAAUUAAUGCAUCACAAGAAGGUCAUCUUGAAAUAGUUAAAUAUUUGAUAAGUAUUGGUUGUGAUGCAAACUCUAAACAAAAAGAUAAUGCAAAUUGUAUUUACAUUGCAUCGCAGCAAGGUCAUCUUGAAACAGUUAAAUAUCUUGUUUCAGUUGGAGGAAAUCCAGAUGAGAAAGAUAAUAAUGGAUUCUCUCCAUUAAUUAUUGCAUCAUAUAAUGGUCGUCUUGAAGUAGUUAAAUAUUUGAUUCAAAUAGGAUGUAAUAAAAAUGAUAAAACAAAUUAUAAUGAUAUUUCACUUCAUUGGGCAUCAAAGAAAGGUCAUUUUGAAGUUGUUGAAUAUUUAGUUUCAAUCCGUGUCAAUCUUAGUGACAAAAACAAUGCUGGAAAAACUGCACUUGAUUAUGCGAAAGAGAAACAAAACGAGAAUGAAAACUAUAAGAAGAUCAUUAAUCUUCUUCUUAGAUCAGGUGCAAAAUAA